ACUCUCAACAUAUCAUUUCAGAAAUUGUCAUCUGUGUACAUCAGCUGAAAAUUAUCGUGUUUAUGCGUAGUACUUGUGUUUAUUUUUAUAUCGUUACAAUUGAUAGACAAGAUGGCAACAGGAGUAAAACCUCGUGACGAUGAACCAACUCUUACAAGGACUGAUAUUGAGGCAAUUCAAGAAGCCAUGAAAAGUAAGAAAUUUCGAGAAAUGUUAGCCGACUACUGCGAUGAAGUACGUGACCCGGCGAAUCAAGCUCUCUAUCAAAAAGAAAUGACCCAAUUGGAAAAGGAAAGGGGCUAUGAUAUCACUUUUAUUAAUCCAAAAGGUGGCUAUGUUAUUAAAACAAGCGUCGCUGGCGAUAGAAAAGCGUUUAUAAACAUUUGUAGUAAUGAGAACAUCGGCAAACCAUCACAUUCCGUGGAGAGCGUAAACGGCCAGAAAGGUAUGAAUUGGCAAAUCCCUUAUUCAUUGAUCCCUCCAAGGGAAGAUUAUGAUAACAAUAAACAGAGGUGUAUAAUUUACGAUGUUGUUUUCCACCCCGACACAUUGCGCAUGGCAGAGGUUAACGAACGAUUUCGAGAAAUCGUAAACAAGACGGCCUUCGAUGGUCUUCAGAGUACUUAUAAAAUCCAUUUGGACAUUAACAAUUGUCGUUUUCCUAAAUCCAAUUACAAAGGAAUGACUACAUCUGCAGUUUUUAGAAAAGAAGAUCCUAAUUUUAAGCCCCCGACAGAGGAAGAGAAUAAGAAUAUUUCGCCGGAAAUAAUAGAAAAAUUAUACCCUCAGCAUAAUUACACAAAUCAUAAUGAGCAGGAAAAUAGUAAGGUAAAAACUCAGGCAAAGGGAAAAGCUGGGUCUGGGAAAAACGAAUUCUCACACUCAAUGAAUGAAGGUUACACAAUACCUAAGUAUGUAGUAAAACAGCAGAAAAACGUAGAUUUACAAGAUUACACCUUUCAUAAAAAUAGCAAACAGUACUCUGCAAUCCCAAGUCAAUUGGUUGUGGAGAUUAACUUGCCCUUGAUUUCUUCUACUAAAGAUUGCAUUUUGGAUGUAAAUGAGAAAUCUCUAAGUUUGGUUGUGGAAAAACCUGCAAAAUACAAACUUAAUUUGUCACUUCCUUAUCCAGUUGAUGAUAAUUGUGGUAAUGCUAAAUUUGACAAAACAAAACACAUGUUAAUUGUCACUUUACCGGUAAUAAGAAAUGUACAAGACACUGUUCAUGACAAUAUGAAGUUGCUUAAAGUAGACAGCGGUGUUGAAAGUGAAGAAAAUUCUGGUUCCCAAAGUGAUGAAGAUAAUACUAAUGAGAAAAAAAUUAUUGUAUUAAGUUCUAAUAAAACUUCUGAUUUAAAUCCUCCUGAAUUAGAAAAAGAAACAAUAGCAGAUGAACCAUUCUUAGAAACUUCCAUUAGUUACAUACUGCCACCUUAUACACAUAAUAUCUUAGAUGAUGUAAUAGCAUUUACUUUCCAUGUAAAGAACACAGAGCCAGAAUCCGUACUGGUGAAGAAUGAUGGUAAUGAAAUUACCAUAAAGUUCACAACAAUUGGUUCUGGUUUUGUGCCAGUGCAUCAUGCAGCUAUUAUUGUCUUUGAGGACAACAUUAAAUUUAAGACGGUGACUGGAGAAGCUUGGGAUAAUAAUGUAAUACUUCAACUAGAGCUUGAUGGUGAUGUUCCUCAAAAUUUCAAUAUUGGAUUGACUAAAGAUACCAUGACCACUGAACGCCUCGAUGCAUCUCAGUUAAAACAGUCUCAUCAAGUUGAAGAAAGUAAUGUUGUUAGUUCUCAAGAUGAAGUUCAAGCACCAUUUGUUGAAGUUACUAACUUGGGAUUGGAGACAAAUAUUGUUGUCUCAUCUAACUCCGGUAAGGAUGAGGAAUGCGAAAGGGAGAAAGAAAAUGAUAUUGUUUGGGUUAAUUCCGGUACAUGUGAGAAUGGUGCUAAGAGUAUUCUUCGUAAAUCAAUGUCAAUGAUGCGUAGCUUUUCCGAAUCUAGUGUGGGUGAUGUUGCAUCAUCAAUGGACUAUAUUAGUUCAGAUUGUAUCCCAGAGGAGUCCAGCUUGAAAAAGACUGUUAGGUUUAGUGAUGUUAUUGCGAGACAAUUCUACAGAUAUAAUUCAUCUAUAGAAGGUCAAAAGAAGAAAAAUCAGAGAAGGAAAAGUAAAAAACGGAACCAAGAAAGACGUAAAAGUGAGAGUGAGGCUGAAGAAGAAACAAAUAAUUCUAUUAAGUCAACAAAGCCAAGGAUAAAAUCUGUACUAAAACAGAGACGUGACAGCGGGCUUGCGGAUACAUCUGAUGCAGAAGCAGAAUGCAAGAACAUGCCAUCUGACUCGGAGUUGUCCUGUGACAGCACCAAUACUGGCAAUAAAGAUGUUAACGCUAAUGCUGGAGACACAUCAACCCUAAAUAUUGUUGAUAAAAAUGGUAAUACAAGUAGUAAGUUUGAACCUCACAUAUGGAAAUCGAAAAAACAGCCCAUUACCAAUGUUAGAAAACAAAACCCUAUAACUUGUGAUAAUAUAAAACAUGCUACGGAUUUCUACAAUCCGGAAAAACUAAACAAAGGUCAAUAUACCGAAGUUAUGUUUAAGAAUGAUCUCAUAUUUGAUUUGGACAUGUGAGGAAAAUGUCCCAUUUCAAAGAAGCCAUAAAUAUAUAAUGAUAUUUUAACUUAGUAUAUAGUGUUGCACCAGUAGUUUUGUUGUGUAGAUUUGUGAAUU